AUGCCGCGCCAGCCACUGAUGCGAAGCCGGACCGAGGCAGCCACGCACUGGGCUGCACCAGCCCAGCCACGCUCCACCGGCUCUCAGACCGUGGACAACGCGCAGCCGCAGGAGCGGCCACCGCCGCACCCCAACGAGAGCCGGCCACCGCGGCACCCAGCCGCGAGCCACCGCGGGGGCUGCUGCAGCCGUGCCCCGCCGCAUGCCGGUUGUGCAAGGCGUCGCAUGCCACCGCGGGAGCCGCUGCAGCCGCGCCCCACCGCAUGCCGGCCGCGGAAGGCGCCGCCGCUGCCGCAUCCCGCUGCGCCCACGCCACGGCCGGCCCUGGCACCGCGCCCCACCACUGCUAGGCCCCCGGGUGGCGCCGCCGCCGCGCCCCGCCGUGCCGAGGCCCCGGGAGAGUAG